CAGAGUGUGCUCAGGAUGAUGUCCUACGGAGAGAGGCUGGGGGGCCCGGCAGUCUCCCCACUCCCAGUCCGCGGGGGUCACAUGAUGCACGGGCCGGCCUUUGCCUAUGUGCCCAGCCCGCAGGUCCUGCACAGGGUCCCAGGGACCUCCGCCUAUGCCUUUCCCAGCCUGGGCCCCGUGGCCCUUGCCGAGCACAGCUGUCCCUAUGGGGAGGUUCUGGAGCACCAUGACCCACUACCUGGCAAGCUGGCCCUGGAGGAAGAGCAGAAGCCAGAGCCCGGGUUGGCCCAGCAGCUGCGUCGGGCUGGCGCGACGCUCCUCAAGGUGCCGCUGAUGCUCGCUUUCCUCUACCUCUUCGUCUGUUCCCUGGAUGUGCUCAGCUCAGCCUUCCAGCUGGCUGGAGGGAAGGUGGCUGGUGACAUCUUCAAGGACAAUGCCAUCCUGUCCAACCCGGUGGCGGGGCUGGUGGUGGGGAUCCUGGUGACCGUGCUGGUGCAGAGCUCCAGCACCUCCACGUCCAUCAUCGUCAGCAUGGUCUCCUCCGGCUUGCUGGAGGUGAGCUCUGCCAUCCCCAUCAUCAUGGGCUCCAACAUCGGCACCUCCGUGACCAACACCAUCGUGGCCCUGAUGCAAGCCGGGGACAGGACUGACUUCAGGCGGGCCUUUGCGGGGGCCACGGUGCACGACUGCUUUAACUGGCUGUCAGUUCUGGUCCUGCUGCCCCUGGAGGCCGCCACCGGGUACCUGCACCACAUCACUCGACUCGUGGUGGCCUCCUUCAACAUCCGCGGCGGCCGGGAUGCCCCUGACGUGCUCAAAAUCAUCACAGAGCCCUUCACUAAACUCAUCAUCCAGCUGGAUAAGUCGGUGAUUACCAGCAUCGCCACUGGUGAUGAGUCCCUGAGGAACCACAGUCUCAUUCGGAUCUGGUGCCACCCAGACCCCACAGAGGCUCCUACCACUAUCCCCAGGGCAGAGGCCAACACCAGCUGGACCCUCGGAAAUGCCACCAUGGAGAAAUGCAACCACAUCUUCGUGGACACGGGGCUGCCCGACCUGGCUGUGGGGCUCAUCCUGCUGGCUGGCUCCCUGGUGCUCCUAUGCACCUGCCUCAUCCUCCUCGUCAAGAUGCUCAACUCUCUGCUCAAGGGCCAGGUGGCCAAGGUCAUUCAGAAAGUUAUCAACACUGACUUCCCUGCCCCCUUCACCUGGGCCACGGGCUACUUUGCCAUGGUGGUGGGCGCUGGCAUGACCUUCGUUGUCCAGAGUAGCUCUGUGUUCACCUCGGCCAUCACCCCCCUCAUAGGCCUGGGUGUGAUCAGCAUCGAGCGGGCCUACCCCCUCACGCUGGGCUCCAACAUUGGUACCACCACCACGGCCAUCCUGGCUGCACUGGCCAGCCCCCGGGAGAAGCUGUCCAGUGCCUUCCAGAUCGCCCUCUGCCACUUCUUCUUCAACAUCUCGGGCAUCCUGCUGUGGUACCCAGUGCCCUGCACACGCCUGCCCAUCUGCAUGGCCAAGGUGCUGGGCAAACGCACUGCCAAGUACCGCUGGUUCGCUGUCCUCUACCUCCUCCUGUGCUUCCUGCUGCUACCCUCGCUGGUAUUUGGCAUCUCCAUGGCAGGCUGGCAGGCCAUGGUAGGUGUGGGUGCACCGUUUGGGGCCCUGCUGGCCUUCGUUGUGCUUGUCAGCGUGCUGCAGAGUCGCAGCCCCGGGCGCCUGCCCAAGUGGCUGCAGACAUGGGACUUCCUGCCCCACUGGAUGCACUCCUUGCAGCCCCUGGACCGCCUCAUCACCCGCGCCACCUUGUGCUGUGCCAGGCGCGAGCCCCGCUCACCCCCGCUGCCUGCCAGGGUCUUCCUGGAGGAGCUGCCGCCCGCCACACCCUCCCCCCGCCUCGCACAGCCUGCCCAACACAAUGCCACCCGCUUCUAGAAUGCGGCCCAGACUGCUGCCUGGGGCAGGGAG